UCCUGACUGGAUCUCGCAAUGGUGUUUGGUUUCCUGGCGCCUGUUUUCAAGGGAAAAUAGGGACUGGCUGACAUCAUUCUCUACUCACCUGUACAGAAAAGCUGUGGUGGGCCCUGGUUUCUGAGCCCUGCUUCAGAGAGAAUGAAAAGCGAAGAGGAAGACAAACCCACUGAAAGGAAACUGACAAGCAUCCUGGUGCUAGCUGCAAUGACUGCUGGUUUUGGAUCGUCUUUCCAAUAUGGCUACAACGUCUUUGUGAUCAACUACGCAGCAGAGUUCAUUAAAAGCUUUUACAACGAGACCUACCGAUGGAGGAAUCACAUCAGCAUAGACCACAGCUUGCUCCUAUUCCAGUGGGGUCUGACGGUUUCAUUCUUCCCAGUCGGAGGCAUGGUUGGGUCUCUUUUGGUGGCUCGUCUGGCAGAUAAUUGUGGCAGAAAACGUACUUUGCAGGUGAAUAAUAUUUUGGCCAUAAUCUCUGCUGUCCUCAUGGGCUGCUCCAGAGCAGUGCACUCCUUUGAGUUCAUCAUCUUUUCACGUUUGGUUAUUGGAAUAUGUGCAGGGAUCUCCUACAGCGUGGUUCCCAUGUACCUCACAGAGAUUGCCCCCGAAAACCUGCGAGGAGCCAUAGCCAUAACCGGCCAUUUCUUUAUCAUCUUUGGUAGCCUGAUGGCUCGCAUAUUUGGGCUUGACAAACUCCUAGGGACCCAAGAAGGUUGGCCGUUCCUACUGAGCCUCACUGGGGUUCCGGCAUUAUUUCAGCUCAUCUUCCUGCCCUUCUUCCCCGAAAGUCCUCGGUACCUCCUGAUCCAGAGGCAUGACGAAGAAGCAGCCAGAGAAGCCUUGGUGAAGCUAAGGGGCUGCGACAACGUGGAGGAUGAAAUUGAAGAGCUCCACGAGGAGGACCUUUCUGAGGAAUUGGAAAAGGAUAUGGACAUCUUUACGAUGUAUCACAUCGAUGACAUAUGGAACCACCUCGUCUCUGCCGUCGUCUUGAUGGGCGGGCAGCAGCUCACUGGCAUUAACGCGGCCAGCUAUUAUAUGGAGAUACUCUACAUGUCUAUGGGGUUAGAAAAGAAAAUUGUCGGGUAUAUCAGCAUAACGAUAUACAUUUUACUUAUGUUCAUAACUCUCCUGGUGAUCCGUUUUGCUGAUUCUUCGGGGCACAGAAAUCUCCUACUCAGUGGCUUGGGGAUCUGUAGCAUUACCUGUGUCCUCUUAGCCAUGGCGAUUGAAUUACAGAAGACCAUCUGGUGGAUGUCAUAUGUCAGCUCAUCUUUCGUUACCUUCUUCCUCAUUGGACAGUCCAUCGGGCCAGAUCCGGUUCCAGUGGUGAUUGUAGCAGAGCUGUUCCUUCAGUCAUCCCGGUCCACUGCCUUCGUGGCUGGGGGCUGUGUUCACUGGUUCUGCAAAUUUGUUAUCGGAGUCGUGUUCCUUCAGAUGGAGAUACACAUUGAGCCUUACAGCUUUCUCCUCUUUUGGCCUCUCUGCGUAGCCAUCUUAAUUUAUGCCUUCAAGCAGAUCCCGGAAACCAGCGGCCAGAACUUCCUGGAUAUCAGGAGGACCGAGGCAAUCCGAAUGACCAGGACCCUCCUGCUCAUGCAAAUCUCAGAGGACUAGAAACUUGGGAGACAGUCCAUGCAGCGAUUUGGAGAUAUUCUGUUCGGUUGGCCCAUUGGUGAUCGCAGCAGUUUCCCUUCUGGUCUGACUGAACAGCCUGGACUUUAUUCCUUCUUUUUCCUACACUGGACUCCGACUGCCACCACCUCUCACUAUUGGCUUAUGUACCUACCUGAAGGGUCAUAGGCUACCCAUCCGUGCUUUAAUCAGCCUUAAUAAAAGCUGGAUCAGCCACUCAUGCAGAGACACAGCAGGGAACUUCAUUUCUGGAUGAUGCGUCCAGCUCUCAGGCACCUAUAAUCCACAUAUGGGGGACCAGAUGUCUCCAGAUGUUGCUGAACUGUGACUCCCAUCACUACUGGCCAUGGUGGCUGGGGCUUAUGGGGGUUGGACUCCCACAUCAGGAGUCCCCCAUCCCUCCCACAACAUCACGAGUUCCCCAUCCCUCCUCUAACAGAUCUAGAGUUAUGCCCAAUGGCCAUCCUACUCAGAGUAGACCCAUUGAAACUAAUGAACUUGGCUUCCUCGAUAUCUUUUUUAAAAAGAAAAAACUGUCUAACAGGCUAUUUUUCUAUUGGUGCUUAUUGCUCAGCCUUCAUUAUCAUUAUUACAUUUUUGUUGAUAAUAACACAUGCUGUAUAAACUGAAGUAUAAUA